AUGAGACAGUGAUCAAUGUAUUGACAAUAGACUAGUGUUGUGUACAUUUGAUGGCAUAACUAAACGCUUGUAAACUAUGAUUUAAAUAACAAUAUUUUUAUUUACUUUAAUUUCAUCUCAUUUUUCGUUUUAUUUUUAUUAUUCAAUUGUUUUUCCGUUUAUUUCAGUUUACAAUUCAUUAAUUAAUUUUAAUAAAAAUUUUAUUUAUAUAAAUAAUGAAUAAUAAAAGCAAAAAAAUCAACGGAAAUAACAGUAAUGCUAUGCAAACAGUGACCACUUAUUUGACACCAAUGGGCCCGAAGUCGACCUCAAACAAUAGCGUCAAACAGAGCUCUUCUGGCAGUGAAACGGAUGUCUCGACGUCGACAUCAAUUGAAAACUUGACUCCUGAGGAACGGUAUGUUCUCCGAAACGGUGUCCGACAGGAACCACAAGGAGAGGAGGCCUUUAUAUCGGCGACUCCUUUGAUGGACACAAUAUCUCUUAAUAAUACUCUAAUAAUACAUCACAACAAAUCAUUGGAUGGAUUGCAAUAUCAAUCUGUGUCACCACUUCUGUACGGACAACGUAUUAAUAACAAUAUUAAUGACACCAACAAUAAUAAUAGCAAUAACUUAAAUAAUAGUAAUAAUAAUAAUAUAAUAAAUAAAGGUCAAUCAAUGACUACAAUAACAUCACAAUCGGCAUCGAUAUUGUCGACAAACAAAAGUAAUUCACAUAUCAAUAAUGUGUUAAUUAGGACCAAAUCGCCUCCUAAUCUUCAAUUAAGUCCCACCCGAACAUCGAGUUGCGAAUCAGUUCCUUCGAGUCCUAAUGCUUUUAAUAGAGCUCUUCUUCAACACUUCCAGUUGAAUAAUUCGGGUAUUGAAAACAUGUCGGGAUUGCAACAACCAAUGCUUACAAAUUACUUGAACUCAUUGUCCAAUCAUUGGAAGAAUGGUAACGAGUCUUUAAACAAUUACGAUAUCUUCAAACACAACUUACAUUUGCCGCCACCACCAGAGUAUGAGAGACAAUGGAGUAACUCGAGUCCUAACUCUGUCUCAACUUCAGCAUCUAAUUCAACGACACCUGAAUCAAAAUCUGUUGAGAACCUGCCGACAUCCCGAUCCCAUCCGGAUCUGACUAAAUUCGACGAAAUAGCACUCAAAGAAACCAAAUGUAAUAACGAUAUGAUUCCCAAAUACAAUAUGAUUGAAAUGUUAAGCGCUGAGAACGCGGCCCUAAAAACAGAGUUAGAGCUCUAUUAUAAAAAAGUGCUUAAACUUCAAAAGUUUGAGAUUGAGAUACAAAAAGUACAUCAAUCGCAUGAAGAUCUUAUGAGAUCUUCUGAAAAGAAAGAGAAGUUAGAGCGAGUCAUAAGAUAUAAGUUGGAAAUCGAUGUCAGAAGACUACAGGAUCAGAACAGAGAUCUUAAAAUUCAAUUUGAAAGUGCUUUGUCUCAUAUUUCAAAACGACCGAUAAGCGAAUCACUGGAUGAUAGUGAGCUUAAGAAAGAGAUUGGAAAAAGAGAUGUAUUGAUUGCACAAUUGCUUUCACAAAAUAAAGAGCUUCUUAACGAUAAAGAAAGACAAGAUAUUGAAUUACAGGCUCAGAGAUUAACACUUGAAGAACAACGCAAUCAUAUCGACAUUUUGGACAGUGCUUUGAUGAGCACUCAAAACAAUGUCAUUAGAUUAGAAACAGAGUGUCGCAAAAAGCAGGCAUAUGAAGAAAGAGCGGUACAAUUACAAAAGGCUUUAUCUAAUUUACAAUUGGCUAGCGAUAGGAGGCUUACUAUGGAAAAGAGGGCCCGAAAUCAUUUAGAGAAUGAAAUCGAUGGAUUAAAAAAGCAAUUGUCUGGUAAUAAAUCUGGAAACAAACCGGAGAAUGAAUUUGAAGACAUGAAAAAAGUUAUUCGUGAUUACGAAGAAAAGAUAAUUUCAUUGGAAACUGAGGUCACAAAAUGGGAGCAGAAAUAUCUUGAAGAAUGCACUCUUAGGUCUAUUGAAGUCAGUGCUGCGUCGGCACCAAAAGACGCAAAAAUUGCAGCCCUUGAGCGCACUUCUCAAGAAAGCGAGAAAUUAAUUCUUGAAGCAAGAAGUGAAAGACUUAAACAUAUGGAUGAGUUACAUGUGGCCAACAAAAAGAAUGCCGAAUUCGAGGGCAGAGUUAAGGACAUGGAGUCUAAAUUGGCUGAAAAGGAUGCUAUGAUUAAAGUGUUGAGACAACACUCACAGGACAAGGACGCUGUUCUUCAUAAGACUGUUUUGGCUCAACGGAUGCCCAACAGACACGGCCGCUCUGCCAGCACUAUGGGACUCACAUCGACUACUAGUUCCCAUUCGACUCAAUCAAGUACUCAGUUAUCAACCAUACGAUCGAAAAGAGAAGAGUUGACACAAAGCAGUUGUCAAACGAAUGAAACGAAUUCACAAAACGAAUCCAACGAAUCAAAUAAAAUGAAUCUCAAUCUCGAAGAACAACUCAAACAAAUAGAUUCUCGACUAACGAACAAAGACUCAAUUAUAAGAGCUCUUCGAUCAGAAAAAGAACGAUAUCCUAAUCAUUAUACUAAUAAUUGGAGACUUUAAUAGUU